CUCUCUCUCUCUCUGUUCUCUGUGAAUAGGAGGGGAGAUGCUGGAUUCGGGGAAGGUCCGCCAUUAUUGGGAAGCUGAAAAAAAUAGACUUAUACACACCGUCACACAUUUAGCCUGUAAGGGGCUUAACAUUAGAAAGGAAAACACAACGGUUUCCGACGAGCUGUUGUUCACUAAAAAAAAAAAACCCAGCGCUUUGGUGAAUGAAGGCGGGACACUGCGAACGCGUUUCCAUACGGACUCUUUUAUUUUUGACACAACAAAGGAAAUAAUAAUUGGUCAAAACAACGUGGUGGUGAACCAAGAAGGAAAAACACACCGAAACAGCGCUUUCCAACGCCUCCCCCUCUUCUCUCCUCGUUUCCAGCCGUGGUGAAAAGACUGGAGUUUGAACGGCAUUUUUUUUUCCUGUUCUUGACGAAAAUUUAGUUGUUUUUUCCCCCUCUCUCCUCAGACAGGAGAAAGAGAGAGGAGAGAGAAAGAGAGAGAGAAGGAGAGAGAUAUGCAUCUGAAAACUUCAGACUGAUGAAAACGAACACUUAACGUGAGGGAGCAAUGGACACGCAGUCUGUUUACUAGGGUAAAAAAAAGCGGAAAAUAAUCGAUGUGAGUGCUUGCAGGGAGUGUUUUUGUCUGCUUUUUAAAAAAAAGUCUCACCGGUUGUGAGUCGCAGAGGAGCAGAAAGAAAGGAGUGGACGAGAGCUGGAGAGGGAGGAAUGCUAUGAGGAGAGGGAAUAUCAGACCAAAACACAGCAUGAAUGACUGCACACUUAUUCAUCCUGGUAUCCUUGUUCUGCCUUCCUCGAGAAUUUGGAACCAUUUCAGGCAACGUGAUUGGCCAGUGGGCUCAUGCGAGAUCCCAGGGAUAUGAGGGCCAGACCCCAGCCCAGUGAGCUCCCCUUGCAUGGAAACCCUCCUCCCUUGGCAGCCUCCUCCUCUCCCUAGAUCCUAGCGGCCAGCAUGGCAGGAUGAGCCUCUGCCAGCGAUGAUGAUGGCCAAAAAGCAAGAUGUCCGGGCACCCACCUACAACCUGGUCGUGGUUGGGCUGUCCGGCACAGAGAAGGAGAAAGGCCAGUGCGGCGUGGGCAAGUCCUGCCUCUGUAACCGCUUUGUCCGGCCAAGUGCAGAUGACUUCUACCUAGACCACACCUCAGUUCUCAGCACCAGUGACUUUGGAGGCCGUGUGGUGAACAAUGACCACUUCCUGUUCUGGGGAGAGGCUGGGCGGACGAUGGAGGAGGGCCCAGAAUGCCGUAUGAAUGUGGUGGAGCAGACAGAGUUCAUCGAUGAUCAGACGUUCCAACCACACCGAAGCACAGCACUGCAGCCUUACAUUAAGAGGGCAGCUUCCACCAAGCUGGCUUCAGCUGAGAAGCUGAUGUACUUUUGCACAGAUCAGCUGGGGCUAGAGCAGGACUUUGAGCAGAAACAGAUGCCUGAAGGCAAGCUUAUGGUGGAUGGCUUCUUACUCUGUGUGGAUGUUAGCCGGGGUAUGAACCGCAGCUUUGAGGACCAGAUGAAGUUUGUCACCAAUCUGUACAACCAGCUAGCCAAAACGAAGAAACCUGUGGUACUGGUUCUCACCAAAUGUGAUGAAGGAGUUGAGCGCUAUAUUAAAGACUCACACACCUUUGCCCUAACCAAGAAGAACCUACAGGUGGUAGAAACAUCAGCACGCUCUAACGUCAAUGUUGACCUAGCUUUUCUUACACUGGUUCAGCUAAUAGACAAGAGUAGGGGAAAGCCCAAAAUUAUCCCUUACUUUGAGGCACUGAAACAGCAGAGUCAACAAAUUGCCUCAGCCAAAGACCGCUAUGAAUGGCUGGUCAACCGAAUUGUGAAGAACCACAAUGAGACAUGGCCCACUGUCAGUCGCCGAAUGCAGUCUGCCCCUGAGUACAAGGACUAUGUUUUCCUUGAGGGAACAGCUAAAGCCAAGAAGCUCUUCCAGCAGCAUGUGCAUAGACUUAAACAAGAGCAUAUAGAAAAACGUAGGAAGGCCUAUCUAACUACUCUACCACAGGCCCUGUCUGUACUGUUACCAGAGUUGGAUGAGAUAGACCACCUGAGCUGGUCUGGAGUUCAGAAAGUCCUUGAGACAAAGAGAGAUUUCUCCCAGUGGUUUGUAGUGCUAGAUGACACCCCUUGGGAGACCACACCACACAUUGAUAACAUGGAGGAUGAUCGAAUCCCCCAGGACCUUCUGGAGACCCCUGCAGCUGAAGCUAUCUAUGAGACCCACCUGGAGCAGCUGAGGAAUGAACGCAAAAGGGCUGAGAUGAGAUGGGAGUUCAAGGAGAAGCUAAGUGUCUCUCCUUUCAUCACACCAGGGAAACCCUGGGAGGAGGCCCGAAGUUUCAUCAUGAAUGAAGACUUCUACCAGUGGCUGGAUGAGGCUGAAUAUCUGGACAUCUACAACAAACAUCAAAAGGAGAUCAUUGACCGAGCCAAAGAGGACUUUCAGGAACUGCUUCUUGAGUACUCUGAGCUCUUCUAUGAGCUGGAAGUUGAUGCAAAACCAAGCAAGGAGAAAAUGGGAGCCAUUCAGGAGGUGCUGGGUGAGGAGCAAAGGUUUAAAGCCCUUCAAAAGCUGCAGGCAGAAAGGGAUGCUCUAGUAUUGAAACAUAUCCACUUUGUCUACCACCCCACAAAGGACACCUGUCCCAACAGCCCCCAUUGUGUGGAUAGUAAGAUAGAGCAGAUACUUGCUGCCAGAUUCCCUACCCGCUACCCAUCAUCAGACACUUCGAGACUGGAUGGUGGGAGGGCUGAACGAAUAAAUCUUGUCAUCCUAGGGAAAGAUGGGCUAGCCAGAGAGAUGGCAAAUGAGAUAAGGGCCUUGUGCACCAGUGAUGACCGGUACGUGUUAGAUGGCAAAAUGUAUGAGUUAGCCCUUCGUCCCAUAGAGGGCAAUGUGCGUCUGCCAGUUAAUUCCUUCCACACACCAACCUUUACACCCCAUGGUUGCCUGUGUUUGUACAACUCAAAGGAAUCCCUCUCAUAUGUUGUUGAGAGUAUAGAGAAGCUUAGGGAGUCAACUAUAAGCAGAAGGGAAAGGGAAAACAGCUUAGCCCAACUCCCGCUGUCUCUCCUUCUGGUCACUAAGCGGGGGGUUGGGUCCAUAGGGGAUAUUGGUGGGGAGACAGCUCAGACUCUUAUCCAACAAGGGCAGCAGGUUGCUGGAAAGCUACAGUGCGCAUAUCUAGACCCUGCCUCUCCAGGUAUGGGCUACGGGCGCAAUGUCAGUGAAAAGCAGAUCAACCAGAUGCUGAAGGGCCUCUUAGAAUCACGGAGAAGCAUAGGGAGCAGCUCCCCUCCAUUGCCCCCUCCAUCCUCUGCUUUCAGAGACUCUCAGUCCCAGCCAGUGCUAGAGGCAGACCUGAGGAUAGUCAUGUGCCUGAUGUGUGGAGACACAUAUGACCUAGACCAGCUCCUUGCUCCCUUCCUGUUGCCCCAACAUUGUCGUCCUGCCUCCACUCUCAGCAGUGGCACCUCCAUUCUGCUGGAUCUCAGUAUAGGAGGUCAGAGGCAGAAUAUUGAAUUGUCAAUACUCUCUUUCCAUUCCUCAUUCUCCCUCCGCAAGACCAGGCUGGUGCACGGCUACAUUGCAGUUUACUCUGCUCGCCGCAAGGCCUCUAUGGAGACGUUAUGUGCUUUCCUGUGUGAGGUCCAAGACAUCAUCCCAGUCCAGUUGUUAGCAGUGGGGGAGAGCCAGAUGGAGCUGUCAGACUCCGAAUCAGCAAAGGAGCAGGUCAGUCAGGGAGAUGAACUGGCCCAUGAAAUCGAGGCUAGGUUUAACACAGUAAUAUGUGGACAUGGUGGGGUAGUAGGGGGGCUUCAUAAGAUAGACCUUUUCCAACCCUUCCUCAAAGAGGUGGUAGAGAAGCGCACUAUUGUUGAGGCCACGCAUAUGUAUGAUCAUGUGGCUGAGGCAUGCACCAAUGAGAGCAUCAGUCCUCGCUGUGGCUCUCCUAGUCCAGUUAACAUUCUUAUGGACUCAGAGGAUGAUAUCGACCCGUCACCACCUUACCCUACCCUGAGGGAGGAUGGUAGUCUGAGUUCUCACCUCGGAAGCUUUAAGCUGCCAGAUCUGGAUUCAAGUGAUACCUUCUCUGUCAUCUCUGAGCUGAGCACCUUUGAGAGCAAGCUCAACAACAAGGUUCCUCCUCAAGUGAAGCCCAAGCCUGUCCGCAAGGUUAACCUCAGCCCUUACAUGGACCAGCAAGGUGGCACCAACCGCCGAUCCUUGCCCCAAGCUGUCACCUGGGCUCCAGGUAGUGAUGGCGGCUAUGACCCCUCCGACUACGCAGAGCCCAUGGAUGCUGUGAGCAAACCUCGACCCACAGAAGAAGAGAAUAUUUACUCUGUCCCUCAUGACAGCACACAGGGCAAGAUUAUCACCAUCCGCAACGCCAACAAAGGUCACUCCAACGGUAGUGCUGGGGGGAAUGGGUCAGACAGCGAGGCUGACAGCAGCUCACUGGAGCGCAGGAGAAAGCUGUCUGCCAUUGGGGUAAAGCCUAAGCUUUACAGAGACCGGUCUAAGCGGCUUGGCAAGUUCAGCAGUUUUAGGACAAGCUUCUCGAUAGGCAGUGAUGAUGAGAUGGGCGGACCACCCAAGGCUAGCCAGGAUGAGGGAGGAGCGCAAAAGGACAACUCCAUUGAGGAGAGUGAGGACCCCAAAAGGAGAAAUAUCCUCAAGAGCCUGCGCAGAAAUCCAAAGAAACCACGACCCAAACCCAGGCAUUCCAUCUCAAAACCCAUUGAAAGCAACUACUUUGGCAUGCCACUGGCCACUGUGGUCACCCCUGAGAGGCCAAUUCCAGUCUUCAUCGAGAAGUGCAUCCGUUUCAUUGAAACGACAGGUUUGAGCACUGAGGGCAUCUACAGGGUCAGCGGGAACAAAGCAGAGAUGGAGAGCAUGCAGCGGCAAUUUGACCAAGACCACAACCUGGACCUUGUGGAGAAAGACUUCACCAUGAACACUGUAGCAGGAGCCAUGAAGGCCUUCUUCUCAGAGCUACCUGAGCCUCUGGUGCCCUACAGCAUGCAGGGAGAGCUGGUGGAAGCCUUCAAGAUCAACGAUAGGGAGCAGCGCUUCCAGACGAUGAAGGACAUUCUGCGCCGCUUCCCCAAGGAGAAUUACGAGGUCUUCAAAUAUGUCAUCAGCCACUUGAACAAGGUGAGUCAGAACAACAAGGUGAACCUGAUGACCAGCGAGAACCUGUCCAUCUGUUUCUGGCCCACACUGAUGAGACCAGACUUCACCACAAUGGACGCCCUGACCGCCACCCGCACCUACCAGACAAUCAUCGAGAGCUUCAUCCACCAGUGUGCGUACUUCUUCUACAAUCAGCCGCUGGCAGACGGCCUCCCGGGCUCCCCCACCUCCACGCUCUCCUCUGGGGGAGGGACCUCGGCCUACUCCUGCAUGGCUGGAGGCUACUCAUCCUCGCCGACUCCGUCCCCGACUCCCUACGUCCUCCCCGCCACCCCUCCUGUCAUUCCACACUACGGCCCUCCCAUCCACCACCACCACCACCACCACCACCACCAUCAACAUCACCAACAUCAACAUCAAUCCCCACCCCACUCCCCACCUCCUACUCCCCAGUCCCCGAUCCUGCUGCCACCCUCCCUGCAUCCUCAUCACCCCCCUACGGAACAACACACGCUGUGAACCAGGGAUCAAGGGAAAGAGAAGAAGAAAAAAAAUAAAGAUAAGAUAACGAGAUUCAGAAAGGUCUAAGGGUUCAGAAUUAAAGAUCUUGAAGUUUGGGAAGGAACUAUAGAAGAUAAAUUAAAAUGAGAACAGGAGCAAGGAGGAGAAGUUGGGAGAUUGAGUGAGAUGCAGUAUGUACAGGGAGAAACCUACAUGUUUGGGAGAAGAAGGAGGUGUUUGAGCCUCCGUCGCUUUUAGAAAAACGGACACACACACACAAGGCAGAAAAGGGGAAUGCUGAAGAGCCUCUGAACUGGCAGUAUGAUCCUUCUCCCUCCUCGCCACUUUAUUCCUUUGUCUCUCACAGCCUCACUUCAUCUAGAGCUGCCCUCCUUGCCUUAUAGAGAACCUACACGCAGACACACUAAUGAAGAGUGAGAUGUUGCCAGUAACUGUUAAAGGGACUCAGGGAGGGCCUCAGAAGUGAAGAGCAGGGGGGGAAUGUGAACUCUGUUAUGUUGGGAUUGCUUUGCCACACACACAUACACACACACACACACACACACACACACACACACACUUGACACAAACACCCAGUGGCCAGUGUGCCUCCAACAACCAUCCUCCUCAAUCCCUUAGCCUCUAACUUUGAUGGGAAUUUUGGUGGCCGGCACAAGUUUUGUGUUUUUGUUGUUUUUUUUUUGUUUUUUUUUGUUUUUGUUUUUUUGCAAACCGACCCACCUGCUGUACCUACCUGGAGGCCAUGGCUGGGACAGAGUGGAGCAGAGAGCGAGUCCUGAACAUGUUUGUUUAUUUCACCACUGUACAGAGAGGACUUAAGCAAGAAACACGUGUUACUACUCACCCGACAGGAUGUUCUGUCCUCUGCGACUCACAACAUUCCUAUCUGUCAACCCCUCACACAGCCACACACACGCAGACAAAAUCAGUUUCAGUCGGGCCAAGCACAGAAAGGAAGAAAAAAAAUCUCAACCGACCGGAUCUGCUGGGCAGCAAAUUAGAGCAAAGGAUUAUGGGUGCUCUCACACCCUUGGCAUUCUGGGAAGACUCCUCCCAUUCUCCUGUUUGCUCUCUUUCUCUCUCUCGGUUUGAACUUUGCAACCUUAUGCUCUGUCCUUGUAAACAAACAAAAAAAAAAAACAUGAUCCAAAAGUGGAUUUUUUUUAACUGGUCUAAAUCUUUAUUCUACAUUCACAUUCCCACUGUCACAAAUGUGUUUUUUAAUUAUGUUCUUCAUUUAAGGAAACACACAGGAACCUGAGCCUAUCUGUCAAUGACUGGCCUCGUGUGUAAGCGUUUGGCUGGUUGACUAUCUGUCUGUGUGCGCCUGUAUCUAUGCCGUUUAGUUUUACCUGCAUUAGGCAGAUAGUGGGAAUAAUUCCAGUGUUGGACCUUCACCUGUCAUGUUGCUUCUCUCACGCUGUGGUGGUUUUACAAGUGAGUCGGUGCAGCAGUUUUCAUAGUAAGGACCUUGUUCAAAAAGCACUUUUCUGAGCACUUUGAAGGCACAUUUUAAAUUGGAGCUGCCAUGACAUGACAGCCACCAUUCACUUUAUUGUCAGUCCACCCUGCUCUCUCUCUCUCUCUCUCUCUCUCUCUCUCUCUCUCUCUCUCUCUCUCUCUCUCUCUCUCUCUCUCUCUCUCUGGGAGCACACCACUGACAUCUAGAGGAAGAAAUGGGUGUUGCAGCCAUAACCUCACUUCCACUACUGCAUGGGCGUAGCACCAUUUUCCCUACUGUGGUUUAUGUAGCGUCAGAUUCUCUCAUAGGUGCAAUUGUUGAGAUUCAUCUUCAUUGUAUGUCUGGUAGAAUUUACUUUAGAGCUCAUGAAGUGUAAAUAGAGGAACAACAGCAGUUUUAAAUUUGGUACAGAUCAGCUGAGAUUAUAUAGACUCACCACAAAGCAUGUGGCCGCAUUGCCGUUGGUUAGACAUGCAGUGAAUGAAAUUGCCUCUCUGUCUUUUGUUGUUAGUUUCCACUUCCCUGCGGACACCAAAGCACUCAGUCAUUUGUAAAGGAGUGCAUCCCACCUUCAAGAUGCCAUAUUUGAAUAGAGGAAAUGAUGACUUACAAGAAUGUGGCGCAGAGUAGCAUUACAGGCCGGAAAGUAAGAGCUGGAAGCGAGGCUCAAGCUUUGACAGGUGGGAGGCUUUUUAUCGUUGGAAAUAAUUGGCAACUACCGCUCCAGGCCUCAGCACGCUGUCCUCUUAGGACGCAGCGUCAUGCCUGUGGAAAGGAGACUCAAACCUGCUCUUAGUGGACACAAAAUACAAUUUGCAAGAGUGUAACCACUACACCAGACUCCCCCUCUAGUCAGUCCCUGUCCAAGAGAGACAGUUGGGUCUGGGAGAGACAGCAGACAGAACAGACAGUCCAUUCAUCCGUCUGCAUGACUGGAAUGGAGCAUCACAGAAUUCCUCGGCCCAGCCUGCUGUUACCGUAGAAACCAGUGAGAUGGGGCUUGAGGAGAAUUGCUGAGCCUUGAUCGAAGCUUUUGAAGUGUGUGUGCGCGCACUUGUGUGUCUCUGUGUUUGUAUGAGCUGGAAAGAGAGUGUGCGCAUGUGAACUUACAUGUGUUAACGUUAAGCAGAUGCUCACCAAGGUCACUUAUUCUGUUUGACACUGAGUUGCAUCUCUGCAUGUCUCCCCAGACUGCCCUCUCUGCCCAAGAGAAAAAAAAACCUUUUAACCAAUCACUGAACUCUUAAAGGAGCUUUUAUCAGUCUACACUACCUAUUUACCUUUUGUGUGGGUGUAUGUGUGUGUGUGUGUGUGUGUGUGUAUGUAAUAGAGGAAUUAAGAGUGAGUGUUUGGGUGGGUUUGAGCUAACAUGCUAGCAAGCUGUGCUUGGCAGACGGCCAGAGACCAGCGUGAUCCAAACAAACGUGAAGGAGAGGAAUGCAGCUCUCCUUGCGGUCAUUACCCCACUGUGUAACCCUGUUGGCUCGUCCAGAUUACACACACUGAUCCUCAGAGAAAGUGUGAGAGAGAUGGGUGAGAGUGAGAGGGAGGGAAGACAGACACACAGCAAAUGGGUGAAUGGGAUCAUUAUUUGGGAGACGGAGGGAGGAAGGAGGAGUGACCACUGGUACUUGUGUGUGAACGUCGGCCAGUGGCGUUCCCUGUGUAUAUCAAUGUGUUAAUACUGAAAUGACUGUGAGGCAGCCAAAGACUGUGGAAAAAAAGGGUCCAGGGAGAGAUGGGAAGCAAAGUGACAGUUUAGAAGAACAAUUGAAUUUAAAAAAAAUGUGACUUUGGUUCAACGAUAUGUGGCUGCAUUGCUUUUCUUUUUCUUUUUUCUUUUCUUUUUUUUUUUGCAACAAUGGUGACAGAUGUCUGUUUAAGUUAAAUGAGAAACAAGCAAAACUAUAUUCAAAUGUUUGUUUAUUGGUAUGUUAGGGGGUCUAACACUUUGCCCUUUAGUCAGUGGUGAUAGAAAAAAAAGUUUCUUUUUAUGUUUUAUUUUAAUAAUUAAAAAAUACAAAGCAUUUUUUUUUAACAAUUUCUUUGUGAACGAUUGAGAGACCAGCCCAGUAUAGUGCAUGAUUUCUUCCCGACCAAGGAAGAGGGCUCCACCACUCUCACUAUUUAAAGAGAUGAUAAAAAAUAUUAAGAAAUGAUGUGGGGAAAAGAAAAUAUAAAAAAAAAAUUAAAUGAAGUACUGUAAACUGAAAAGAUAACAUCAAACAAAAAAACUGUCAUUAUUUGCUGAGUAUGGUAAUUUGUCUAAAUGGGAAUGGUGUAUACAGCAAGGCCUUAUGUGAUCUGUAUCAUAGUUAAUAAAUCAAAUCUUGUAAAA